GGCUACGACGUCGUACGUGGCGGACCGGGGGGGGAACGCAGCGGUCCGUACCGUAACGCCAAAAAAGUGGACGGCGAUGGAGGACGGAGGGCGAAUCUGAGGUGGCAAAUCGUGGGACCCACAUUGACUGCAACGGGGUCAUGUCGCUUUCGGAGAUGUAGCGCGAAGGCGUUUUGACCGUGGAUCGGGCAGCGGGCAGCACCGUCGGGGCAGCUGAAACCCCCGCACGCCAGGCCUUGCUUAAGGGCUCUCGCCCAGUCCAGCACCCAAUAAAGAGAGAGAGAGAGAGAGAGAGAGAGUACAGGGGAAUGUUGAUAAAAAGGGAGGGCAGAAAGUUACGAUGGAUGUUGAUUGCUGGGGGAAUUUGGUAGAUUUGUGCCUUUUUGCGGCGCUCUGUUGUGUGUUCUGAUGAGAUCAGCUUUUGAUUGUGAUCUUGUCGAUGGUUUUUUGGAUUAUAAUGGUGGAGAUUUGGGCCGUUUCUGGAUGAGUUUUGGAAGCUAGGGUUUUGGGGUUGAGGGUUUUCGUAUUCUGUGUUUGGGUUUAGCUUGGUAAAGUUGGAUCUGACGAAGUGGAUGUAGUAGCUCAAGGGGGGGAAGAAUGGAAGUCAUGGAGCGGGUGGUGGGGACUUCAAUUCUGCUCUGUAUGAUCAUGCUGUUUCACCAACUGAGGUGGAUAUCUGCUAACAUGGAAGGUGAUGCUUUGCAUACUCUAAGGACCAACUUAGAUGAUCCUAAUAAUGUCCUUCAAAGUUGGGAUCCUACACUUGUCAAUCCUUGCACUUGGUUUCAUGUUACAUGCAACAAUGAUAAUAGUGUUAUAAGAGUUGAUCUUGGAAAUGCAGCUUUAUCUGGUCAACUGGUACCACAGCUUGGCCUGCUUAAAAAUUUGCAGUACUUGGAACUUUACAGUAAUAACAUAAGCGGACAAAUUCCUAGUGAUCUUGGGAAUCUGACCAGCUUGGUGAGCUUGGAUCUGUACCUGAACAAUUUUACUGGUCCCAUCCCAGACUCAUUGGGCAAGCUGUCAAAAUUGCGCUUCCUUCGGCUUAACAACAACAGCUUGACGGGUUCUAUUCCUAUGUCUUUGACAAAUAUCACAUCUCUGCAAGUGUUGGAUCUAUCAAACAACCAUCUGUCAGGGGUGGUUCCUGACAAUGGCUCUUUUUCACUAUUCACUCCCAUCAGUUUUGCUAAUAAUAUGGGUUUGUGUGGCCCUGUUACUGGGCGACCUUGCCCAGGAUCUCCUCCAUUUUCUCCGCCGCCUCCAUUUGUCCCUCCACCCCCUGUUUCUUUGCCAGGAGGGAAUAGUGAUACUGGAGCAAUUGCUGGAGGGGUGGCUGCUGGGGCUGCUUUGCUGUUUGCUGCUCCAGCGCUUGCAUUUGCUUGGUGGCGUCGCAGGAAACCACAAGAAUAUUUCUUUGAUGUGCCGGCCGAGGAGGAUCCAGAGGUACAUCUGGGGCAGCUUAAAAGGUUCUCACUGCGAGAAUUACAAGUUGCAACAGAUAGUUUUAGCAAUAAAAACAUUCUGGGAAGAGGUGGAUUUGGUAAGGUGUACAAAGGACGAUUAGCCGAUGGUUCACUGGUGGCAGUAAAAAGACUGAAGGAAGAGCGUACUCCUGGUGGGGAGCUGCAAUUUCAAACAGAAGUAGAGAUGAUAAGCAUGGCUGUGCAUCGGAAUCUCCUUCGGCUACGUGGCUUUUGCAUGACACCAACUGAACGAUUACUUGUUUAUCCCUAUAUGGCUAAUGGAAGUGUUGCUUCAUGCUUAAGAGAACGCCACCCUUCUCAACUCCCUCUUGACUGGCCAACACGCAAGCGAAUUGCUUUGGGAUCUGCAAGGGGGCUUUCUUAUUUGCAUGAUCAUUGUGAUCCAAAGAUUAUUCACCGUGAUGUGAAAGCAGCAAAUAUUUUGUUGGAUGAGGAGUUUGAGGCUGUUGUUGGGGACUUUGGAUUAGCUAAACUUAUGGACUACAAGGAUACCCAUGUCACUACAGCUGUACGAGGUACGAUUGGGCAUAUAGCUCCAGAAUACCUCUCUACAGGGAAGUCUUCAGAGAAGACUGAUGUUUUUGGUUAUGGGAUUAUGCUUCUGGAGUUGAUUACUGGACAGAGGGCAUUUGAUCUUGCACGGCUGGCUAAUGAUGAUGAUGUCAUGUUGCUCGACUGGGUCAAAGGGCUUUUGAAAGAGAAGAAGUUAGAAAUGCUGGUUGAUCCUGACCUCCAGAACAAUUACAUAGAAGCUGAGGUAGAGCAGCUAAUCCAGGUUGCACUGCUCUGCACCCAAGGUUCCCCAAUGGACCGACCUAAGAUGUCAGAGGUGGUGAGAAUGUUGGAAGGGGAUGGCUUGGCAGAGAAGUGGGAUGAAUGGCAGAAGGUGGAAGUUCUCCGCCAUGAGGUGGAGCUAGCCCCUCACCCGAAUUCUGAUUGGAUUGUUGACUCAACAGACAAUUUACAUGCUGUUGAGUUAUCUGGUCCAAGGUGACCUUGUCAAAGUAAGGAGCAAAAAUAUUUACUAGCUUUAUUUAUUUUUUUUAUUAUAAAAUUAUUCUUCUUUCCUCCUGAAAUAUUCUCAUCUGUGUCUUCUAUAAGCUUGCUCCGCAUGUUAGUUGUUACUUUUUUGUGCAUAUGAGUCUGUCAAGGAGUGAAUUAUGUCAUCCUCCGCAGUUUGAUUUUGCUACAAUGUUUUUGCACAGAAAUGCAGUUAACAGCAGUUUACUCUUUGUA